UGCACCGUGGGAUCCUGGGAAACACGUCGCGACUGGAAAAGAGGGAAUUCGCCUACCUGCCCUUUAAGGAUUGUUUUGCCAGACCCGCUUGUUUUCACCACGCGUAUUGAUUCUUUCAGAAGACGCCUCAGGGUAACAAAUAAGCAGUGCAGUAGGAGCUGCCAAAUUAGUGACGGAGUGCAUUUUUGGGGGAGUACCUGCAAGUGCCCGGACCUUCAACCAGUGUGAGCUCAGCACGCCGACUUCAGCCUAGCUGCCGACGCGCGCUGCAGUCGCCAAGUCCUCGCAAGUUGUCUCUUUAACCUGUGGCUGCCCAGAGCCUGGCGGAGUCGAGAACAGGGCAAGCUGAACUCGUAGCUCCUCUUAACAGGUUGCCUGUCCGAAAUCGUCGAACUUCGCAGCGUUUCUGUCAGGUAACAGUGAUGCCAGCUACCUGUUGUCUGCCCUUGGUAAUUUUCUGCUGGAUGCUUCCCUUGUCAUUGAUCCAGUUAGCAUACCCACUUACUGAUGGUGCAUUUUCUUGGUCCAGUGACACAAUCCUCAAUCAUCUAGCCCUCGACCCUGAGACGGGGCAGUUGUAUGUUGGAGGUGUAAAUAAUCUUUUUCACCUUUCUCAAGAUCUUCAACUGCUUUCUUCGGGAAGAACUGGCCCUCAACUUGAUAAUCCGGAUUGCCUGCCACCUAUUAAUAAACAAGACUGCCAUCAAGCACGCCUAACGGACAAUACAAACAAGCUACUACUGCUUGCUGCAACAGAGAGAAGUCUUAUUGUGUGUGGCACAAUCUCACAGGGCAUCUGUGAAAAAAGAAGCCUAGACAAUGUUUCCAUGGUCUUGUAUCAGACAAAGAACCCAGUAGAUACGCAAUAUGUGGCUGUAAAUGAUCCACGUAUAUCCACAGUUGGAGUAGUGGUGGGCUCAUUCUUGUUUGUAGGUCGUGGAUAUACAAGCAAAGGACCUGGUGGAAUAACACCAAUUACAACACGACAUUUGGAAGGUGAUGCUAUUUUUUCUCAAGAGGACCUUGGAAAACUUGUGGUAGGCAGCUACUCUGAAUACAACAGUAACUUUGUGGCUGCUCUGCACUAUAAUUCAUAUGUUUACUUUGUUUUUUUCCGCCGAGAUGUUAAAUCUAAGCGGGAGUUUCGUACUUAUGUCUCUCGCUUAUGUGACAGUGACCACAGUUACUAUUCUUAUGUAGAAGUUCCUCUUAAGUGCUCUAUUGAACAAGAUGGGAACUACCUUGUAUAUAACUUGGCACAAGCCACUUUUCUAGCCAAGGACAGUGGAAGUGGAACUUCACCUAUUUUGUAUGUGGUGAUGGCAGUAGGACAGUCUUCCUCCCACAUUCCUACCACAUCUACAGCACUUUGUGCCUACCCUCUGUCAGACAUUGAUAAAGCUGUUGAAAAGGCUCGUUUUUUGUGUUAUACUGCAGAAGGAAGGAAUGAUGCUGGGUUUGAAGAGGCUUACAUUGAGUAUGAUGUUGCUUCUCAAUGUGCAAAGCUUAGACAGAAUUCGCCAUUUGAAUACAAAUGUGGGGAUGAACACACUCCAAGUCCAAUUGCAAGUCGGAUGUCAGUAGAGGCAGUUCCGGCUGUGAUUAUGGAAACUCAACUCUCAGCUGUUGCUUCAGUAUCAGAGGUUAACCAAACCAUUAUUUUCUUGGGAGACGCCAAAGGACAGCUCCACAAGGUAUUUCUGAAGUCACUUAAUGAAGGUCAAGUGUACAGUAGUGAAAUACUAGAUGCAGACUCUCCAGUCAGCUCUGAUUUACUGUUGAAUGUUAAUCAGGACCAAAUAUAUGUGAUGACUUCAAACAAGGUGAUAAAUGUACCUGUGUCAUCCUGUGGUCAGUAUGCAAACUGUACCUCAUGUCUAGAAUCUCAAGAUCCUUUUUGUGGCUGGUGUGUCCUUGAAGGGAGAUGCAGCAGAAAAUCAGAAUGCAAGCGAUUUCUUGAUGUCAAUCAGUGGCUCUGGAGUUAUUGGAAUGAAGAACAUUGUAUCACCGUGCAGAAUCUAAGCCCAUACAAUCAAAGCAGAGAAAAUCCAGCACAGGUUUCCCUGUUUGUUGAUCGUUUGCCUAGCUUGUCGGAAGGGGAACACUUAACUUGUUCAUUUGGAGAAAGUGUUAACCAGCCAGCAAUUGUGAAGGGAAUACAUGUCAUCUGCCAACCACCCCUGCCAGAGCAUAUCCCACCAAAUGACCAAGGGAAAGAUUUUGUUUCUGUCCAACUUGCGUUGAAGUUUAAUAGUGUCAUCGUGACUUCUGUUGAUUUUAUAUUCUAUGACUGUAAAGCAGUAUCAGAACUUGCCAUUUCCUCUCCAUGUAGAAGCUGUGUUGGCAGUGUUUGGGGAUGUCACUGGUGUCUCAAGGAGCACAUGUGCACACACUUAGAUAGCUGUCCAUCUGAACAAAUAAUCUACAAUGAGAAAAGCUUGAACCUGGAUCAUAAAGGUGUUGAUUGCUGCCCCUACGUUUAUGCUAUACAUGGGUCUCAGUUGGUUUCAGUUGGAUUUGGAAAACAGUUAGUAUUACUUGCCAAAAAUUUAAACCUGUUCCAGGAUGAAAAUUUUGUCUGUGUGGUGGAAAUUGGCAUGAGUGUGCUGCAUCUUCGAGCAGAGCUUCAGACAAGCUCAGAGGACCAUAACAUUUCAUAUGUUACUUGUGAGGAGAAAGAGUUCUUCUACUCUGCUAUGGUUGCUGAGUUUUCAGUACCAGUUCACUUGCAAAGAGUGUCUUAUCAAAUUGACAACUUUCCUGAGCUAAACAUGACCCUGUAUGACUGUGCAAUUGGUCGUUCUGAUUGUAGCCACUGCAAAGCUGCAGACCUACAAUAUGGCUGUGUAUGGUGUGGAGGGCCACACCCAACUUGUCUUUAUGAAGGAGCUUGCAAAGAUGAAGUUGUGAAAGUCUGUCCUGACCCAAUUAUCUACAGUAUUGAGCCCUUAACUGGACCUACUGAAGGUGGAAUUGCACUUACUAUUUAUGGCUCAAAUUUGGGUCAACGAUUUGAAGAGAUUGAAGGCACAGUUACAGUUGCUGAUAUAUCUUGUGAGCCAGACUUUCAAAAGUACCAGAUUUCUACAAGAAUUGUUUGUGAAUUGUCAAAAAGCGACACUGAACUAUCUGGACGAGUCAAGGUUGUUGUGCAAGGUAGACAGCCAGGCAUUUCCACACAAUUUUUUACUUAUCAGAACCCUGGACUGACUUCUGUGUUCCCAACACAAGGCCCUGUUGCAGGAGGGACAUUCCUGACCAUUGAGGGAGUCAAACUCCAUACAGGACAACAUAGUGAUGUUUCAGCAUUUGUGGGCUCUGUUCCUUGUGACUUAAUUGGAAACAUUGAAGACACAAAGCUGAUUUGCUGCACAAAUCCAAGCAAUGAGACGGCAGAACUCCCAGUGAAAGUGAUUUUUGGCCAAGCAGUGAGGACAUUGGAAAAGACAUUUUUUAAGUUUAGGGCGAAUCCUGUUAUUAUCUCUGCACAACCUACAAAGAGCUUUUAUGGCGGUGGUCGCAUCAUUAAAGUGGAAGGACAUAACCUUGAUGUUGUUCAGCAACCAUUUUUUCUUGUUUGGGCGGAGCAGAUGAACACAGAACGGAGGCGCAGACAGACAUUUAAUGUGCCAGGACUUGGUAUCAAUAAUACAGCACUGUUCAAGUUUCAGGGUCUGUGCUCUGUUUUGUCCUCUAAUUACAUGGAGUGUCGCACACCUUAUGUAGAAGAGAGACUAAAGGUCACAGAUGUAGAAUUUGUUCUGGAUAACCUAAGGCUCAGUUUCAGUAGCAUUGGUGGAGAAGAGUUCAGCUACAAACCAAACCCAGUUUUAAAACACUUGAACUCCGAGAACAAACAUCAGCCAUUCCACUUCAAACAGAGCAGCAUCAUGGGUGUUGAGGGUGAUGGUCUUACUCUAGCCAUGACUAAAGAUGAGGUGGUGGCAAAAUUAGGGGAUGGAAUAUGUACAGUGAAAACGCUUACCAAAACAGAUCUGUAUUGUGAGCCCCCUGCUGUGCAACCUGCACCACUCCAUGGAGAUGAUCUUCCAGAGUUCAUGGUUGAAAUGGGCAACCUAACCUUUAAUUUGGGAAAAGUAGUUUAUGAUGAGGAUGGAUUAUCUCAUUUUCCCAUAGAAGCUCAAAUUGGUCUGGGAGUUGGAGCAGGAGUGGUUAUCACAAUAGUGUUGAUUAUUAUUCUUAUGUAUAGGCGCAAGAGUAAGCAAGCUAUGAGGGAUUACAAGAAAGUGCUGGUACAACUGGAAAACUUGGAAGUGAAUGUGGGAGACCAGUGUCGAAAGGAGUUCACAGACUUAAUGACGGAGAUGAUGGACUUGACAAGUGAUCUAGAGGUUAAUGGUAUCCCCUUCCUAGACUAUCGCACAUAUGCAGAGCGUAUCUUCUUCCCUGGGCAUCGAGAGUGCCCCUUAAGAAAAGGUCUGGAUGUGCCAGAAUUACGUAAACAGACUGUAGAACAGGGACUAACACAGUUGUCCAACCUUCUCAACAGCAAACUCUUCCUAAUCAAGUUCAUUCAUACACUGGAGGAUCAGCAAGGCUUUUCUCAGAGAGACAGAGGAUAUGUGGCCUCACUGCUUACCAUUGCUCUCCAUGGCAAACUGGAAUACUUUACAGACAUCAUGAAAACUCUUCUUGGAGACUUAGUAGAGCAAUAUGUGGCUAAAAAUCCUAAACUUAUGCUGCGCAGGACAGAGACAGUUGUGGAGAAGAUUCUCUCAAACUGGAUGUCAAUUUGUUUGUAUUCUUUCCUCAGGGAAAGUGCUGGAGAACCACUUUAUAUGUUAUACAGAGCAAUCAAGUACCAGGUUGACAAAGGGCCAGUGGAUGCAGUAACCGGGAAGGCAAAACGCACAUUAAAUGAUAGCCACCUACUGCGUGAAGAUAUAGAAUACCAAGCCCUGACACUAACAGUAAUUACAAAGAAUGGCAUGGAAGUGCAACCCAUUCCUGUACGAGUUUUGGAUACAGACACCAUCACCCAAGUUAAAGAGAAAAUCCUUGACCAGAUCUGUAAGGGAGCUCCAUUUUCACAGAGACCUUCAGUGUCUACUCUGGAUCUUGAGUGGCGUGCUGGAAUGGCUGGUCACUUGACCUUGUCAGAUGAUGAUGUGACAGCUGUGGUUCAAGGACGCUGGAAACGACUUAACACUCUUCAGCACUAUAAGGUCCCAGAUGGUGCAACAGUGGCUCUAAUCCCUAGGCUGCACAAUGGGCUUCAACAUGGUGUGAAUCAAGUUUUCAUAACUGGUGAAAAGACCCCUAUGCUGGAGGAUGGAGAAGAUGGUGGUGUGAAGCUGUGGCAUUUGGUUAAAUCUACUGAGGAGCCAGAGAUUCCAAAGCAUAGGAGGAGCAGUCUUCGGGAGCGAGAACGGGCAAAAGCCAUUCCAGAGAUUUUUCUAACAAGGUUAUUAUCAAUGAAGGGCACUCUUCAGAAGUUUGUGGAUGAUGUUUUUCAAUCCAUCCUUAGCACAAACUGUCCUGUACCAAUUGCUGUCAGGUACUUCUUUGAUUUCCUGGAUGAAACGGCAGAGAAACAUGGUAUAGAUGAUGAAGAAACUGUUCACAUUUGGAAAACAAAUAGUCUCCCUUUGAGAUUUUGGGUUAACAUACUAAAGAACCCACAAUUCAUCUUUGAUGUUCAAGUGUCUGACAAUGUUGAUGCUAUCCUGUCAGUCAUCGCCCAGACCUUCAUUGACUCCUGCACCACAUCAGAACAUAAAGUGGGCCGUGACUCACCUGUUAAUAAACUACUGUAUGCUAGAGAAAUCCCACGCUACAAAAAGCUGGUUGAGAAGUACUACAGAGAUAUUCGUUCUACCAGCUCAGGGUGUUAUCAGGAGAUGAACUCUGGUCUUGCUGAGCUCUCAAGGAAUUUUGGCUCUGAAAUGAACAGCCUGGUGGCUCUACAUGAGCUGUACAAAUACAUCAAUAAAUAUUACGACAAGAUAAUUAUGGCACUGGAAGAAGAUCCAGUUGGACAGAAAAUGCAACUAGCAUGCCGUCUUCAGCAGUUGGCAGCACUUGUGGAGAACAAAGUAACAGAUUUAUGAUAUUACUGUUCCAUUGGGUCCUGUUUCUUGCUUGUGCAGCCACUGAAAAGGUUAAUCUGGAAAUAUUCAGCUACUGGAGUUGCAAAGUGCAAGUUUGCUCCUCAAAAAAGACUUCCAGUUAUCGCUGAGCUUGCAAUGUCAUCACAGAGGACUUGACCUUGAGCUUUGAAAUUUGGGAACAGUGUAACAAAGCAUCUGCAGUGGAUUCACAACCUUUUUGUCCUGACCUCUUAUGUCUCAUACAGUGCUCUUGAUGAACAUUUUUUCUUCCUUAUAAGUGUUUGGAUCUCCAGUUAUAACUUGGAUUUCUGUAUUUGCUUUCAGGACUGCCCAGUAGCCUAGGCUUUUGUACGCAUUUGUGAAAUACCAUUGGGAUUUUAUCAUCUUACAUUAGUGGCAACACUGAUCUUCAAUGUUUACAAUGCAAAGGGUUCAAAAAUGUUCUUUUUGUUAAUAUAUGUAUAAAUAUUUGUUGCAGUCUAUGUCAACACAAAGUGCCUUUGUGUGUCUGUGAAUUUCUGUAUUUCAUAUGGGAGAUGGCAAAUUGUUUAAAACUACAUUUUUAAUAGAAGAUUUUGUAAUAUGAAAUUUUCCAAAAAUGACUCUUUUAAGAAACAUUUUUAAAGAACUUUUGUAUAAAAAAAUCUAUUUAAAAUUAUGUAGAUUAUCUGUGCUGGACCAUACUGUGCAGCUAUCUAGUGUAGUUAAUGUUUGUUUUUUCUCAUUUUUGUGUCAGAUAGCAAUAUUUUGAAAUUUAGAAGCACUGCAUAAGUACAUGUUUCUAGAAUUUGACAUAACUAAACAUUAUUACUAUUGUAUCAAUUAUGGUGUAAUAGUUUAAUAUAAUGAGCAAAAGAACUGUGGAAUGAAUUGGGGUGAGAGGUUAUUAGUUGGCAUCACAACUAAUUCUUACAUUUCUCUUCUGGUUAUCUUGCAGUAUAAUGUGUGUUUUAACUGUUGUUGUAUUCCUCCUUGAAUAUUGUGCAGUUAUUUUCAUGCCAACAUGCAUUAGGCCUCCCAUGUUGAUUCCACAGUAUAUUGGACAACAAUGUUUUGUCACCACAUUAAUUGUACUCAGUUCUUUGUUGUAUGGUGUGCUGUCACAUUUUAUGUAGUUCUGCAAUCCCAUACUUUUAAAAAAAUAUAAUUUGUUUAAAGACCUUGGAUUUCAUUGGAAAACUAUUGAGCUUUGCGCUAAAAAGAUCUUCUAGAUGCAAGUUGCUACAUAAUCGGAAAUGUAUCCUGUUCAUUACCUAUUGUAUUCAGCUUUGGGAUGUCUGUUUUUGCACAUCUUAUUUUUGUUUAGUCUAAGACGCUUGCUGGUCUAUCACAUGGACUGUAGGCUGUUGGGGAUUUCACUAUGAACUCAUGGUGAUGCGGUGCCUUUUUUCUUAUAGAAAGCUGGCUUAGUUUAUUGAAGACCCCUCAGAGCCUGUGCACCAUUAGAAAAUGUCUAGUCAGUCCAUUUGUGGUAAUAUACAAGGGUUUUGCCAAGUUGAUAAAUUGAUGAUUUAUGAACACCAGAUACACAUGAAUCUUGCCUGUUAAUAUGUAAGCACUUUUUUCUUUUUAAAUAUAUUAAGUAACCCUAAAUAAGAUGUUUGCAAACUAGAAAUGCUUUACAGUCCUCUGUUCUUUGCACUUUCUAAAGUAGAAAACAUGCAAUAACCUUUUUAUGUGCAAAAGAGGACUAAACAAGGAAUAAAUGAACUGUGUUUUUACAUUUAUUGGACAGGUUAAAUCCAGUUCCCUGGCAUUACACUUCUGAAAAUCUUUCACCAACAAAUAAGCAUGGUUGUACUUUUUCCCUUCCUAAUAAAUUAAAGAUCAAUGGCAGGGAAGGGAGAAGGACUGUAUUGUAUGCUUGUUGUGGUGGUUGGAGGCCAAAAUCAGUACCUGAUGCCUGCCAGUAUUGUACGCCAGAAGCAUUCUAACAUGGUUUACCUAAAGGUAUCUAUACCCAAAACUGAGACCUGUGGAAUGUGAAUUCAGAACUCUUUUUGUGCCAAAGCCCUGUCAACCUAGAUGUGUGACUGGAGAGUUUUAACAAUAAGGCUCUAGUCAUUAAGUGUAAAGUCAGCUGGAAAUUUCUGUUAUCAGUUUUUUUGUUUUUUUUUCAUUUAUUGUGUGUCUUUCUCCUUUUGAUGUUGAUGAGAAUUUUUUUUGCUACUCUUUUACUUUGUAAAUUUAUGCUAUUUAAUUAUUUUGUACAGUAAAUACACCCAGUGUAUAGUUUGUCUGUAUAUGUAUGUACUGUAUAUAACACAUUAAAUUGCCUGUGUAUCUGGAUGUAUUUAUUUACUGCUAAAUUGUAUAAUAAAGAAAUAUAUUGUAAGAAUA